AUGGGGGCUGCCUGGUGCUGCGGUCUGAACAAGAUUCACAGGCACAACUGCUUCUGCUGGAAGGUAGGCUACGUCCAAGAAGGUGAGCAGGUGAGCGAUUCUACAUGGAAGGCCAAAAAAUUGGAAAGGGGGGACAUUCUGUACCCUCAUCCUUACCUUUGCAUUUCGAGUUUCUUUACAGUGUUUUCCAGGGCAAACCCUGUUCAGUGGAAUAUUCAGGAUGUCAAUCAUCAGGUGUGGGUCCUUAGCCAGACCCUCAAAGCAGUCCCAAGGAAGCACCUUAUGGAUCCAGUCACUAUUACCUUAAUCUCAUGCAAUUACACGGAGACACUUGAGGACAGAGGGAACCCCGUCUACCUGGGACUGAAGGAGCCGGAGCUCUGCCUGUUCUGCACAGAGGUCAAGGGGCAGCCCACACUGCAGCUUAAGGAACAGAACAUGAUGGAUCUGUACCACUGAACGGAGCCUGUGAAGCCCUUUCUCUUCUACCGUGACCAGAGCAGCAAUACCUCCACCUUUGAGUCUGUAGCCUUUCCUGGUUGGUUCAUUGCUUCCUGCUCCAAUGGAGGCUGUCCUCUCAUUGUUACCCGAGAACUGGGGAAAGCCUACACCACUAACUUUUGGUUCACUGUACUUCAGGCUUAA